UUCCAGUGUGAAGACCGAUUUCUGUUUUCCGUUUGAAUUCGUGCAAAAUAAUCGUAAUCAAAACAACGACACAAAACUAGUUUUUUUCUGUUACAACUACUUUGGACUUUUUUUAUUUUCCGAGUGCACAAGUGCAAAGAAUCGCUAAAAAAAAAAAUCGAAUCUAGCAUAAAGAUCGCAUUCAAGAAAAUAAAAUAAGGAAGCCAAGUCCAGUCAAUCACCCCAAACAUCCCAAAACAGCCUGAAGAUGAGUCCACCGGCCUUGCUGAGCAAAGACACGCCCGACAUUGAGGAUCUGUUGGCACUGAAUCCUCGCGUGAAGACGCAUUGCAGUGUGGUGCCCACGAAGCAGACGAAGGAGAACAAGAAGCACUGGAAGCGCAAUGCGGAUCAUAUGGCUGCGCCCUGCACCACGUUGGCCAACAACUUUGAGGACAUUAAGCACACAACGUUGUCGGAACGCGGCGCUCUCGAGGAGGCGUCCCGUUGCCUCAAGUGCGCGGACGCACCGUGCCAGAAAUCGUGUCCCACUCAGCUGGACAUUAAGCACUUCAUUUCGUGCAUUGCCAACAAGAAUUUCUAUGGCGCCGCCAAGGCCAUCUUCUCGGACAAUCCGCUCGGUUUGACCUGCGGUAUGGUUUGUCCCACCUCCGAUCUGUGCGUGGGCGGCUGCAAUUUGCAGGCAUCCGAGGCGGGACCGAUUAAUAUCGGAGGACUGCAGCAAUUUGCCACCGAUGUGUUCAAGCAGAUGGGCGUCCAUCAACGGCGUUCGCCUCAUCAGCCAAAGCUCGCGCAGCCCAACAAGAAGAUUGCCCUGCUGGGCGGCGGACCGGCAUCGUUGUCCUGCGCCACAUUCCUGGCGCGUUUGGGCUACGAGGACAUCACGAUCUAUGAGCGACGCAGCUAUUUGGGUGGCCUCAGCGCCGCUGAGAUUCCGCAGUAUCGUCUGCCCAUCGAUGUGGUCAACUUUGAGAUUGAUCUCGUCAAGGAUUUGGGUGUGAAGUUCGAACUAAAUCGUGCACUCAGCACCAAGGAUUUGACCAUCAAUGGUUUGCUGUCGUCGGGACAUGAUGCUGUCUAUGUGGGCAUUGGUCUGCCCGAACCCAAGCUGGAGCCGAUGUUCAAUGGUCUAGACAUUGCCGCGGGCUUCUACAGCUCCAAGAACUUUUUGCCGCUGGUCUCCGAUGGCUCAAAGCCUGGACUUUGCGCCUGCAAAUCCGGCCAGGCUCUGCCCAAGCUCUAUGGCAAUGUGAUUGUCCUAGGCGCCGGUGACACCGCCUUCGAUUGCGCCACCUCGGCGCUGCGUUGCGGCGCUCGACGUGUCUUUGUCGUCUUCCGAAAGGGCACAACGGGUGUGCGUGCCGUGCCCGAGGAGGUGGACUUGGCACGCGAAGAACGCUGCGAAUUGAUGCCUUACUUGAGUCCGCGCAAGGUGAUUGUCAAGGAUGGCCAGAUAACGGCCAUGGAGUUCUGUCGCACCGAGCAGAACGAUCAGGACGAAUGGGUGGAGGAUGAGGAGCAAACGGUGCGUUUGAAGGCUAACUUUGUCAUCUCUGCCUUCGGUUCGGGACUGCAGGAUGUAGAGGUGCGUGAUGCCUUGGCUCCUUUGCAAUUCCGUUCCGGUUUGCCGGUGGUCGAUCGCCAGACCAUGCAGAGCAGUGUGCCACAAGUGUUCCUGGGCGGCGAUUUGGCUGGCGUGGCCAACACGACCGUCGAGUCGGUCAACGAUGGCAAGGUGGCUGCCUGGAGCAUUCACUGUCAGCUGCAGGGUUUGCCCCUCGAUACGCCAGCGGCUUUGCCACUGUUCUACACCGACAUUGAUGCCGUCGAUAUAUCUGUGGAGAUGUGCGGCCUGAAAUUCGAGAAUCCCUUCGGCUUGGCCUCCGCACCGCCCACCACAAGUGCGGCUAUGAUUAGACGCGCCUUCGAGCAGGGCUGGGGAUUUGUGGUCACCAAGACAUUUGGUCUCGACAAGGAUCUGGUGACGAAUGUCUCGCCGCGUAUUGUGCGCGGCACCACGUCCGGUUAUCGCUAUGGGCCACAGCAGGGCUGCUUCCUCAACAUUGAGCUGAUUUCGGAGAAACGUGCUGAGUACUGGUUGCGCUCCAUUGGCGAGCUGAAGCGUGACUUUCCCGAGAAGAUCAUCAUUGCCAGCAUCAUGUGCAGCUACAACGAGGCUGACUGGACGGAGCUGGCCACCGCAGCGGAGAAAUCCGGUGCCGAUGCGCUCGAGCUGAAUUUAUCGUGUCCCCAUGGCAUGGGUGAGAGUGGCAUGGGAUUGGCUUGCGGCCAGGAGCCGAAGCUUGUCGAGGACAUUUCGCGCUGGGUGCGCCGUGCCGUCAAGGUGCCGUUCUUCAUCAAACUAACGCCCAACAUCACAGACAUCACCUCGAUUGCGGCGGCCGCUCAGCGCGGUGGCGCCGAUGGCGGUUCCGCCAUCAAUACGGUGCAGGGUCUGAUGAGUCUGAAGGCGGAUGCCACCGCUUGGCCAGCCAUCGGCAAGGAGCAACGUACCACAUAUGGCGGCGUUUCGGGCAAUGCCACGCGUCCCAUUGGUUUGCGUGCCGUCUCUGAGAUCGCGCGCAAGUUGCCAGGAUUCGCUAUUCUGGGCAUUGGCGGCAUCGAUUCCGGUGAGGUGGCAUUGCAAUUUUUGCAGGCGGGCGCCACAGUGCUGCAGAUCUGUUCGUCGGUGCAGAAUCAAGAUUUCACCGUCAUCGAUGACUAUUGCAGCAGCCUGCGGGCGCUGCUCUACCUUAAGGCGAAUCCGGCACCAGUCAAUGGCGCCUUCUGGGAUGGCCAAUCGCCGCCAACGCCAGUGCAUCAGAAGGGCAAGCCGGUGGUGCAUUUGACGGGCGAGGGUAGCAACAAAACAUUGGGCUUCUUUGGUCCAUACCAAAAGCAGCGCGACAUCAAAUUGUCGGACUUGCGCAAAAAGCAGGGCGCCUUCUGGGAUGCCGAGCAGGCAGCUCAAACAAAUGGCGACAUCGCUGACAAGCCCAGCAAGGCGGCGCCCAAGGUGGCGGACGUUGUGGGCGCUGCACUGCCACGCAUUGGCGCCUAUAAGAGUUUGGACAAUAAGCAACAGAAGGUGGCGCUCAUUAAUGACGACAUGUGCAUCAACUGCGGCAAGUGCUAUAUGACGUGCGCUGAUUCCGGCUAUCAGGCCAUUGAGUUUGACAAGGACACACACUUGCCACACGUCAACGACGACUGCACCGGCUGCACACUGUGCGUCUCUGUCUGUCCCAUCAUCGAUUGCAUACGUAUGGAGCCCAAGCAAAUUCCUCAUGUCAUCAAGCGCGGAUUGGAGCAGAAGACAACAUACUACACACAUGCCCUUAGCCCAAGUCAAUAGAUAUUGUUGUUUGUACACGUAAAAGCACUCCGAGGUUAAUAACUAAUAAACAAUUUUAGAAGCAUUACAAAAUA